UUUGUUUUUGAUACAAGAAAAUGUUUUACAAAGGUCUGCACAGGGGAAACAAAGACUGAAAAAGCUUUAAAAUGCCUAUAAAACAUCUUGUGGAAUCCAAAUGGAAAUAAAAGAGAAUCCCAGAGAGAAGAAGAUGACUGUUUCUGAAUCUAAAAUUACAUUUCAUCAUGGAUGGUUCAUAUAAUUAAGAUUUAAAGGAACUGGAGAAAACUCUGGAUGCAUGGGACAAAGCCCUCAAUCAUUACUGAGUAGUCUUUGAAGUUCUCAGUCAGCUUUUCAUUAAAAACAGACUGUCUUGGACAUCACCGCAUGGACUCAAAAACACUUCAGUAAACCAUGCUGUAGAUGUGGAGUGUCAUUUGAAAUCAUGGACACGUGGUCAUUUGAAUCAGAAGUCACCAUUGCUGAUGGUAUAGCCUGUAUUUAUGUACAUGGGAAACCUUUACAUCUGUGAGGACACUACUGAAGAUAUUGCUAUAUUUUUAAGGGAAGGCCUUGCUCAUUUCUGCAAGAAUGACCACAUUUCUGCAUGCUUGCUGAUGCCAUAAAGGAGACUCAAUAUCAUCUGAAUUUUAAUAACUACCUAGAAUUAUCUAUAUCUAUAUGUGUAAAAACCACAACCAGUAUAGUCUAUGUCUCACAAAUGUUUAUUCCUGGAGUCAGAACAGUACGGAAGAAGCUGAAAUUGUCAUAACUGGUCAUUGUGGGGGAGUUUAAACUCUUUUGGUCAGUGUGACUGCUUUUAAUUUUACUUUUGUAAUGAUCUGUUAUAUGACUAAAUCAUAUGGGAGACUUUUACCUGGAUAAAUAAAGCAUAACGAAAUGAUUUCAAACACACACUUUGUGUAUAUUAAAAACUUAAAACUAGCUGAUUGUUGGACAUUUCAGUUAUUAGCAUAACUGUAUUUAUAGAGAAUUGCUUGUCCUGCUUGUCAUGUAUAAAGAUUCCAGGACAAAGAUGUGAAAAAAAUAUUCUUUUUGUUCCCCUACAGCACCUUGUCUCCCUUCUCCUCCUGAUGGUAAUUACAUUUAAUGAGUUCAGGGUUCAUCCGCAGGGUGCACUUCUCCAAAUUGCUCACAGCAUGGGGUCUGAAGUGGGAUAGGGUAGGGGGUAUCAGGACAGUCGAGGUCGGGGCCAGGAGUGUUUACCCAGUGUUUGGGGUCAAGACUUGCAGUGGCUCUACUUGUCAGAGAGCAGUGAAACAUGUCAUUAAUUUGUCUGCUUUUGUCCUGCUUGUUUGUUUUUCUGGUAGAGAUAAUCACGUGAAGGUGGUGCUUGUCUUGGUUCUAUUGUGUGAAACUGUUGUCAGUCCAUCACCACCCUCAGUGCCCCAUCUCUCCUCAUUCCCUUUCUCCCCACUUCAUGAAUGGCCAUUUUGCCACUAUUUUCUGACUGCAGGGGGUGACCCCAACAAUUUAGUUAAUCCAUUAACAACUAAUUGUCUCCUCCUACUCUGUUGUUUGGACAAACAGCCUGGUGGGGGAGGUCAAGUCCUUCUGACCUAUAAAAGUCAAACCAGAAGAGCAGUGAGCCACUUUCACUGCAUGGAUACCUUCAGUACUGACUGUUUACACUUUGACUUGCACUUUUAAGCGCUGGAUUUUUGUUUCGAGCUUUUCUUGCUUUCUCUUUGACUCACCGCUUUUUAAGUUAAUCAUUGUUCAUUUUUUAUUAAUCCUUUUUUGUGCAUUUUGGAAAUGUUUGGAAAUCUGUGGUUGGUUUGUUUGUGUCUGUCCUUUUAUGGGACAGAAGCACGUAUAUGGGCCUGGAUGCUGAACAUGCCCCACAGUCCUCCCAAAGAAGGAGCAAAAGCACUUCGACAGAGCACUCCUGUUGCCAAACCAGUCACGGCUGCAUGUGACCACGACAGAGCUUGUGGAAGGGGUUUCUCAUGUGAUCGCCACUUUGGCCUUUGUGUGCCUCUAAGAGGGGAGGGUCAUUACUGUCGGAGAGAUGCACAAUGUGUUCGUGGACUUAGCUGCAUGUUCGGGAAGUGCCACCGCAGUAUCCCCGAUGGACAAGAGGGUGCCAGGUGUAAAGUUGACAGAGACUGUGGAGCAUCCAUGUGUUGUGCCCGGCAUCAUGGUGAGCAGGUGUGCAAAAGAAGACUGACGUUAGAUGAGAGCUGUUAUGUGCCUGAUGGUGGCCUGGCAUUCAGCAUCAACCAGAUUUGUCCGUGUGAUGAGGGUUUACUUUGUCGUGAAAGCAGUGGAAAGCUACAGAGAGAGAGGGAGUUUAUAUACCAGCCAGAACGAACAAGCUGGACCUGUCAAGUGCCCAACCUUUGAUACAUUAUCAACAGAAGUUCUAUUUUCUGUGUAACUAUACUGUAUAUAUUUAAAUGUAUAUAUUUCUAAAUAUGCUGUAUUGUUAUUUGCUCUUAUUAGAGGCUUAAAGAAAAGUUGUUUUUAAUAUUUCAUUUUGUAAAUUUUGACAAAAAGCACUACUGUAUGUAGCUGGGCUCAACACAGCUAGUGUCUUAUCCAAAAUCUUCAUCAUGAUCAUUUGCUGAUCUUUCUUUCUCUAAAUGUCUGAAAUGCUUCAAGUUUUAAGCAUAAAUUAAAGAAAAGGUUUUCCAAAACUAAUGACUAUAAUUUGUGUUUCACAAAAAAUGUAUUAUAGUUUCUUAAUUUUAAAGCUUCCAAGAUCAUUCCCAAUCACUAAUCAAAACAUUUGGGUAAUGAGUAAAGUACCUGUGCAUAC